AUGGCCUCGGGACGGCCCGUUUGUGUUCUCUUCGGCCCCCAGAGUUCCGAGAUUGACGAAACCUUAUGCUAUAUUCGCCGCAGUAUUGAAGAAAUCCCAUCGUUGGGCUUUCUUGAAAACGUGUUGAGACAACUUCCAGGAUUAUGGCCCGUCAUUACAAACGCUUGGCCGCCAUUGUCUCAAGUUCCGGAAGCAGGCCAGCUGUCAGUACUGGCAGACGGAGUUCAAGAGUCAUUCGCAGCCGAAAAUGCAACCAAUGUUCUUUUGACACCUUUGACCGUUGUACGACAAAUAAUCGAUGCGUGGAAAUUCAAAGAAAAAGCACAGCAUGGAUAUAAAAUUGUUGAUGCGCAGGGUUUUUGUGUCGGAUUCUUGGCAGCGACAGUAGUCGCUUGCUCUGAUGGCCUGACGGACUUUGAAGAGAUCGCAUCUGCCAUGAUCCGACUGGCUCUUUGCAUCGGAGCAGCAGUUGAUUUGGAUAGCGUUUUGCAUGGUGAAACCAGAUCAGCCGCCGUGCGAUGGAAGUCAGCUUCUGAAAAUGAACAACUCAACCAAGUGCUGGCUAGCUCUUCAACGGGCUACAUCUCUUGUGUGACGGACACAACGUCGGCCACAAUCACCGUCGCUGAUGACGAAGUGGAUGAUGUGAUCAAACGAUUAGAAUACCACGGAUUGUCCGUGAAGAGGAUUGAGCUAAGAGGCCGAUUCCAUCAUAUUGCGCACCUCACGGCGGUUGAGCAAAUUCUGACGCUUUGCGAAACCGACGAGAGGUUCCGGGUCAGCAAGGUUGGCCCCUGUGUUUUGCCGCUGAGGUCCAAUGUCGAUGGCCAUGCGAUUGUGAAGGGUUCUCCCGUCCACAAAGUUGCCUUGGAAUCGAUCCUUGUAAAGCCAUCACAAUGGGAACUAACAGUUUCCUCGGCCUUCGAGAAAUUGAGGGAGGAAACAGAUGAAGAUCUGGGAUUCGCCGCGAUUGGAACUGGCCAAUUUGUUCCCCGUUUGGUCCGGACCCGCAUCCUCGAUCACAUGAACUAUCGGUGGCCAGACAAGGAACAUGGACAACUACCAAAUGGUAUCCACAAACCCUUCAGCAGCACUCGAACUGCGCGUGCAAACAGCAGUGAUGCGAUCCCCGCUUCCAAUAUUGUAACCCCAAUCGCCAUCACGGGAAUGGGAUGUCGAUAUGCCCAAGCGGAUUCCCCCGAAAUGCUAUGGCAGAUGCUGAAAUUGGGUCGUUGUGGUGUCAGCCCGCUUCCUAAUGAUCGAUUCAAAAUGGACAAGCUUCUGCGUGAGCCUAAGGGUCCAUUCUUUGGGAAUUAUCUCGCCAACCCAGAUCUUUUCGAUCAUCGAUUCUUUGGGAUCUCGGCUCGUGAAGCAGAGGCAAUGGACCCACAACAACGAUUGCUUCUCCAUGUAGCGUAUGAGGCCAUGGAGUCAGCUGGGUACUGUGGUCUACGCAAGUCCAACGUGCCAAGCGAUGUCGGCUGUUACGUCGGUGUCGGCUCAGAUGACUACACUGACAAUGUAGGAUCGAGCAACGCCAACGCCUUCUCGGCCACAGGAACUCUACAGGCGUUCUGCACUGGUCGUUUGAGUCACCAUUUUGGCUGGAGUGGACCGUCAGUGGUAGUUGAUACCGCCUGCUCUUCCGCUGCGGUAGCGAUACAUCUCGCAUGCAAGGCUUUACAGACCAAAGAUUGCGCCAUUGCCGUGGCGGGUGGCGUGAAUGUUAUGACUAGCCCUAGAGUGACACAGAACCUGGCGGCGGCGUCAUUCCUCUCUCCUACCGGGGCUUCGCGGGCAUUCGAUGCUGAUGCCAAUGGUUAUUGCCGUGGAGAGGGUGCUGGCUUGGUGGUUCUAAGACCAUUGGCCGAUGCAAUCCGCCAUGGGGAUCCCAUUCUCGCCGUUAUUGGCGGAUCUGCAGUCAAUCAGGGAUCUAAUUGUUCUCCUAUCACUGUUCCCGACUCCGAAUCUCAGAGAUCCCUCUAUCGCAAGGCGAUGGCAGCAUCCGGUGUUCUUCCAACAGAAGUAUCUUACGUCGAGGCACAUGGCACAGGUUUGUUCUCCCUCCAACUAUCCCCACAAGGAUACUACUCACGCAGAUAUUCAACGCUAGGAACACAAGUUGGUGAUCCAAUUGAGUUUGACAGUAUCCGCAAAACAUUCCAAGACCCUGGACGCAAGGAGGUCCUUCAUGUUGGAUCUAUUAAAGACAAUAUUGGGCACACUGAAACCGCCUCUGGAGUGGCCGGCUUGCUCAAAACUGUGUUGAUGAUGCAGAAAAACCAGAUACCGAAGCAGGCCAAUUUCUCCCGGCUCAAUCCGAAGAUUCCUGCCCUAGACAACUCGAUAGCGAUUCCAACCCAGUCUAUUACCUGGCCCUCAGCCGCCGCUCCAUCGUCUAAUGCGGUCGCUCUGGUGACAAAUUACGGCGCUGCUGGAAGCAACGCAGCUCUCGUUGUGAAGCAGCAUAAAGAAUCUUCGGCACUCUCGGACCUAGCCACUCUUCCUCCUAGUGAGGUACCUGUCAUACUUGCAGCAAACUCGACUGAAUCUCUCGCAUCAUAUUGUCGCAUUCUGCUUUCGCACUUCCGGAAUCAACAAUUAGAUUCAUGUGAGGAUAUAGCCUUCAAUUUGGCGGUCAAACAGAACAGAAGCAUGGAUUACUUGUCGGCGUUCACCAUUCCUUCUAAUCAACCCGAUGCGCUAUUUUCAAAGUUGGAGUCACUUGCGGCUGAAGCCUCUAUCCUGAAGAAACAAUAUCCUCGUUCCCUGCCUGUCAUCCUAUGCUUUGGCGGCCAAAGUGGAAACGAGGCAAAUAUCUCGGAAGACCUGUUCGACCGGUCUGAAUUGCUCCAACGCUAUCUGAUGGAUUGCGAGACGGUUUGCCAGAGCCUAGAGCUUCCGAGCCUCUUUCCCACUAUCUUCCAAAGCGGGCCUAUCGAGGACACCGUCACCCUUCACUGCAUUCUGUUUGCCAUCCAAUAUGCGUCAGCAAUGUCAUGGCUGGAUUCCGGACUCAAAGUAGACCGGAUCAUAGGUCACAGCUUUGGUCAACUUACAGGCCUUUGCGUCGGUGGGGGCCUGAAUCUUGUUGAUGCGCUUCGUCUCGUCUCAGCACGCGCCACAAUGAUCGAAAGCCUCUGGGGAUCUGAGCGUGGUGUCAUGCUAUCCGUUGAAGGUACAGAGGUGGAGGUUCAAAGCUUGCUAGCUUACGCGGCAGAGCAUACAGCAGAUGUGGCUGUGGACGUAGCCUGUGUUAAUGGCCCACGAAACAUCAUUUUGGCGGGAGAUGUGCGAUCAAUCGAGAUGAUUGAGAAUCUGUCAGCAAAUACUCCUUCAGUUGGUCUUCGCACAAAGCGGCUGAAGAAUACGCAUGCCUUCCACUCCCGCCUAGUUGAUAAUAUUGUUCCUGCCUUGACCGAGGUCUCACAAAAGCUUCAGUAUAAUCCACUCGCUAUUCCUCUGGAGCCUUGUUCUCAAUGGGAUGACUGGUCUUCCGUCACAGCUACCAAGAUCGUGGAACACAGCCGCGGAUGUGUCGACUUCCAGGCAGCCGUUGAGCGCGUGGUGCAGAAGCUCGGUGGCCCUGCUGUCUGGCUAGAGGCGGGCUCAGCAUCUCCCAUCAUACCGUUAGUACGAAGGGUCGUCGAUGCUACCUCAUCUUCGCCAAAGGAGAACUUCUAUCAAGCCCUCGAUCUUGGAGGCGCACAUGCCCAGAAAAAUCUGUCACAGGCCACCUGCAACCUCUGGUCUCGAGGUGUGAAAGUCCAGUUCUGGCCAUUCCACAAUGCUCAGGCCAGGGGAUACAACUGGAUCAAUCUCCCACCUUACCAAUUUGCUGGCACCCGCCACUGGAUUGAAUAUGAUCCCUAUGCAUUUGCCCCAGUUCAGGACAACACACCCAAUUUGGCCCCUACAAAUAGCAGUAGAGAGUUCGUCCAGCUGCUCUCCAGACAGCCGACUGAGUGCCUUUUCGCCAUAAACACGUCAGACUCACUUUACCAGGAGUGUACGCGAGGCCACGCUGUACUUGACCAAAACCUUUGCCCUGCAUCCCUUUAUUUCGAGAUGAUUGUCCGGGCGGCAACGCUGGUGCGCCCAGAAAACGAUACAUCGCCUGCCAUGCCUCACCUGCAAAAUCUAGCCAUUUCUGCGCCUCUCGUGCUUAACCCGAGUGGCAAUGUCAUGUUGAGUCUUACUCGUCCACGCGCAGCUGACUCUCUGUGGUCAUUUAUCCUUUUCACUCGCGAGCCCAACAAGGAUGCAGUGACCACCCACGCAACUGGAGACAUCGGCUUGCAUCCAUUUACCCAGAGUUCACCUCUCUUCGCCCGCCUCAAGUCAAUGAACCGACUCAUCGAUCCCUCCAUAGUAGACUCCAUCGCCGACUCCCGUGAAUCCAGCGGGCUAAAAGGGUUCGCUGUCUAUCAAGCCUUCCGCCGAGUGGUCAACUACGCCGACUACUAUCGUGGUGUUCAAAGGGUCUUUGCGACCGAGCAUGAAUCUGCAGGCAUUGUGAAUCUUCCCUCAUCCCGGACCAAGGACAGUGCUUGUGACCCGAUGCUCGUCGACAACUUCAUUCAGGUCGCUGGAAUCCACGUCAACUGUCUCUUGGAAACAAAAGAAGACGAGGUCUUUGUUUGCACCGGCGUGGGUGAGAUUCUGAUUGGGGAGGCUUUCAUGAACCGUGAUCGGGAUUCAUCAUACUCUUGGGGUGUUUACUCCAAUGUGGACAGAUCAGUUACAAACAAAAUCACUUGCGACACAUUUGUUCUGGACCGAGCGACGGGCAAGCUUGCUGUCACUAUUCUUUCUGCAGAAUUUACCAGUGUCUCGAUUGCUGGACUUGCACGCGUGUUAAAGAAGCUCAACAGUCAACCCUCCGAAUUGAAAGCUCCCGUCAUAACGAAGUCUCACUACGCGGACGCUCGGGCUGUCAUCAACCCUGCUGUGCAGACAAUUCCGCUCAGAGCUUCUCCGCCCCUCCAGGCUACCUCUGGCAGUGGAGAGUUUUCCCUCGUCCGAGGCUUGCUAUGUGAACUACUAGGCAUGGCCUCCGACGAGCUACUACCAUCUUCUAAUCUCGAAGAAAUUGGCGUUGAUUCUUUGAUGCGGACUGAAGUCUUGGUGGAAAUCAAGAAGAGAUUCGAUGUGAGCAUUGCCACCUCCUCGUUGGUUGAAAUGCCAGAUAUUCAAACCCUGGUGCAAUCUAUUUUCCCCAACAUCACAACCGCUCCUCGGACAAAUGAGGUUGCUCCAACUUUGCAAAUUGAUACCACAUAUGCAUCUUCCUCAGAAAGCAAUGAUAAUGCUGAAAGUACCCCGAUUUCCGAUGAAGGGGUGAAUGGCCUUAUCGACAUUGCUCCUGCAUUUUUCAUUGAGAUUCAACGAAGUACCUCCCAAAGUCAAGCCACUCAGUGGGAUGGUUUCUGUGAAUUGGUGUAUCCAAAGCAGAUGGCCCUAGUUACCGCUUACGUGAUUGAGGCGUUCAAGUCUCUCGGCAUCUCCCUCGAAGACCUCGACCUUGAAGAUAUCAUCCCACAACUUCCUGUUCUCCCACAACAUACGCAGGUCUGCAGGCAGCUUUAUGCCAUCUUGGAAUUCUCGGGUCUCAUCCAGGCCAACAACGGGGGCUUUGUCCGCACCCAAAUUCCUAUUCCAACCCUUACAUCCAAUGAAUUGCACCAAGAAAUCCUUGACCUCUAUCCCCAGCACGCAUCUGAACAUAGCCUUCUCAGAACCACAGGCUCAUGUCUUGGGGAUUGCUUAAGUGGAGCCGCUGACCCUCUAUCGUUGCUUUUCCAAGAUGCAGAAGCCCGCCGGCUGAUGGAGGACGUUUAUACAAAUGCACCAAUGUUCAAAGCUGCGACCAAUCACCUGGCACAAUAUCUGGUUGGUGUUCUUGGGCGCCUAGAUACCACGAGAGAAAUCAAGAUUCUUGAGAUCGGUGGUGGCACUGGUGGUACGACCAAAGCUCUGUUGAGUCAACUCACCGCAGUGCCCGGUCUUCGCUUCCAGUAUACGUUCACGGAUCUGUCUUCGGGACUUCUGACUCUCGCGCGCAAGAAGUUCAAGCAUUACAGUUUCAUGAAAUACCAAGUCCUAAAUGUGGAACAAACACCUUCCUCAGAGAUGCUCGGUCAAUAUGAUAUCAUCCUCUCCAGCAACUGCGUACAUGCCACCCGCAACCUUGUUCAGUCUUGUUCGAAUAUCAACAAACUUCUACGACGUGAUGGAAUCCUGUGCCUGAUUGAACUGACCCGCAACCUAUUCUGGUUUGAUCUUGUCUUCGGUCUCCUCGAGGGUUGGUGGCUGUUCGAGGACGGUCGCCAACAUGCCCUUGCGAGUGAGCACGUUUGGAAGCAGACCCUUUCCCAGUCUGGCUUCAAAUGGGUUGACUGGACACAAAAUGACUCCGAGGAAUCCAAUGUCCUUCGAGUGAUCACUGCCUCGCCGACAUCGGCCAUCAUUCUACCUCCUUCUCCCGGAAGCCCCUUGCCCCUCAUCCGUGAUGAGACGGUGGUCUACGGCAACAACGGUGGUGUAGAAUUAUCUGCAGACAUCUACUAUCCCCAGGAUCUUCAGCCUAUUGGAAAGCCUCGUCCAAUUGCUCUCCUUAUUCACGGCGGAGGUCACAUCAUGCUCUCGCGUCGUGACAUUCGUCAAAAGCAAGUCAAGACUCUUCUCGAUGCGGGAUUUUUGCCGGUCAGUGUUGACUACCGACUCUGUCCGGAAGUCUCUCUGACUGAAGGGCCUAUGCAUGACGUAUGCGAUGCCCUGCGAUGGGCUCAAAACGUCCUUCCCGCCAUCCCCCUCGGUCGUCCUGAUAUCCAGCCAGAUGGAGACCAAGUGGUUGCUGUGGGCUGGUCGACCGGUGCCCAUCUGGCAAUGACAUUGGCAUGGACCGCUCAGCAAAAUGGAGUCGUCCCACCCGACGCUAUUCUCGCAUUUUAUGGCCCUACCGACUACGAGGAUCCAUUCUGGUCUCAACCCAACUUCCCAUACGGAAAGGACGCUGCCUCGCCAGAAAUAAGCUACGACCUGUGGGAAGGCAUGCAGGAGACACCCAUCACAUCCUACAAUCCGCCACCCACCCAAAAGGCCCUCGGCGGCUGGAUGUCUCCGGCGGAUCCUCGAAGCCGGAUGGCAUUGCACAUGAACUGGAAGGGACAGAGUCUGCCUAUGCUGUUGCACGGAGGCCGCUUCUGGUCCGACCGCAAAAAUGACGCCAAUCCAGAGGAAUUGCCAACUCCAACACUGGAAGAGAUCCAAGCAGUCAGUCCUCUGGCGCAGAUCCGCAACGGUCAUUAUCAGACACCUACUUUCAUUAUCCACGGAAGUUUGGAUGACCUCAUUCCAUUGGAGCAGGUGCAACGAACCUCCGACGAGCUGGCCGUGAAGGGAGUCGAGGUUGAACUUCGAGUUGUUGAUAAGGCAGUUCACCUGUUUGAUAUUUAUAAUGGCUUCGAAAAGGAUGAAGCGGCUGCACGGGCUGUGGAAGAUGGUUAUGCGUUUUUACGCCAUCAUGUUAGAUACUAG